UUAGAAAUUCGAAGUAGUUCACAAAAAGGCCUUGCAGUUCCAGAUGCAAACAUAGUUACAGUCACAUCAACCUCCGAUGUGAUCGAGUUGAUGAAUCUUGGCCAAAAGAAUCGUGCAGUAUGCUCAACUGCCAUGAAUGACCGAAGUAGUCGCUCCCAUAGUUGUCUGACCGUUCAUGUUCAAGGACGAGACUUAACAUCAGGAACAGUCCUACGAGGUUGCAUGCAUCUUGUGGAUUUAGCUGGCAGCGAAAGAGUUGAUAAAUCUGAAGUUGUAGGAGAUAGGUUGAAGGAGGCACAGCACAUAAAUAAGUCACUGGCUGCACUAGGAGAUGUGAUUGCUUCCCUCGCCCAAAAAAGCGCACACGUUCCUUACCGAAAUAGCAAACUAACUCAAUUUUUACAAGACUCUCUUGGAGGACAAGCAAAAACUUUGAUGUUUGUUCACAUAGCUCCGGAGCCAGAUGCUGUUAGUGAGUCCAUGAGCACUUUGAAGUUUGCUGAGCGAGUCGCCACUGUUGAGCUUGGAGCAGCGAAGUCAAACAAGGAAGGAGGAGAAGUCAAAGAGCUCAAAGAACAGCACCCGGCCGGUCCCUUCGCCUCCAGCUAUCGCACCAGACCCGCGCGCAUGGCGCUGGCUAGAUGCAAGAGGGCGAGGCUCCGAGGUGUCCACGAGGAAGGGAAUGGAAGCCAGGACGGCCUGAGUGCGGCGCCGCUCCGGGCUCCGUUCCAGGUACGGAUGACAAUUUAA